ACACAGUCUCAGAGCACAGCAGGCCUCUCUGGGGAGGGCUGAAAGUUGGCAAGCUUCCUUUAUUCUCAAAACACCUUAGAGAUGUGGCCUCUUCCAGAGGGAUUGGUACCCAUGGAGUACCAAGGAGGCGGCAUUCCUAACCAGGGGACCCAGGAGGAAAGGGCAGAGCUUUCCAGUGUAAUCAGCCUUCUCCUAGCAUCCCCCUCCAAAAGCCCUCCUCCCCCGCUUUACACAGGCUCACAAGUUUAAUGAAGGAAACAAGUUCAGCAAAGCAGACUUUGCCUGCUGUAGCCAAGAAACAGGUUUUUCCUGGUGAGAGGCUGGGUUUGCAGGUUGUCUGUGGUACCCGGAAGACCCUUCCUUUACUGUCUCCAACCUGCGAGGAAGAUGGAGAGAAACAUGGUGAGGGGACCUCUGUAUAAGCAGUUCGACUUAGAGAGAAAGGGUGCCAGGCAAGCCGAAGCCAGACUCAGCCUUAGACUGCAAAGGCUCGAGGUCAUCUGCCUCUAUCACGUGAAGUCGCUCGCCAGGGAGCAGAGGCAGCUUCAGAGAGAACUGCAGCGCCUGCAGCAAGAUAUCAUCAAGAAAAGUUUCUCUUCUUAUGUGGGGCGUGAAAUUCAGAAGAGAUCGGAAGAUGUCACCACAUUCUCGCCACAAACAGGACGGAGGCACACAGUCCUGGAGCCUAAAAUUAGAGUACUGAAAACCAAUAUUACCCAAGAAGUUAGAAAUAAGAUUCGGGUGCCCUCUUCACAUGACCCUGCCCUCAAAGAUGCCCCGAGAAGCCAAGAGCGCCUUCCAUCUCAAGACGAGAGAACCAGACGCUGCAAGGAAGGGAACUCACAAGCCCGGAAGGGAGAGGCUGCAAAUCCACUCAAGGACACGGAGCUCAGCAAGGACGUCUCUGUCCCAUGUCAUGACCAAGAGGUUUCCACCGACAAGGCAGAAGCCAGCUGCAUGUCCAGCUCAGACAGCGAGAGAGGAUCAGCAUCGGCUGAUGAGAUCAGAUCCGAAAAUGCCAAUCGAAAGCCACAGGGCGAUGCUGGGGUACAAAAUCCCCCCAGCUCCGUGGACUAUGCAGGAAGCGUCAAAGAAGAGCGCGCAAAACCAACCUUCCUAGAGCUGUUCGAAAAGGCCAAAGAGGCCCACUACCUCCGCCACAGGGUGCCGCCCGAGUCUGAGAGAUUACUUAGCAUCGGGGAGAUAUUUGGCCACAGAGACUACUCACUACCCAGAGCAGGGGGAAAACUGUAAGAAUGGUGCCAAGUUCCUUCCUCUCUGGCUGUGUAAUGUCGCCUGGCCAGAAGAUAAUCUGUAAUCACUAUGGAAAUGUGACCCUUCAAAUAGCUGUCAUAGCGAUAAUAAACAGAAAUGCAUG